AUGUUAGCUCGGUCACCGUUUGUGCGUAGUGUACAUGCUUUUCAGUCAAAUGCUGAUCGUUAUCUGGUGGCCCAUCAUCAUCAAAAACUAGUCGAAAGUCGGUACUGGAACUGUUCGAGCCCGUCGCAGGCUCUCGCUGUUUUGGGCGUAUUGGUGCGGUCAGGCACAAUUGUAGACAAACUGGACUGGGCUGCCUCAGGUGCAUUGAAUGCCAUGGCUCCAAGCAUGACAAAAAAUGAGAGAGCUUUGCUGGGGAGGCUUUCGCCGCUUCUUCGGUUAAAAGGAGUUACAGAUUCUACUUCUAGUGUGUCUCGGGAAGUUGAGCUGGAAAUACCCAAGACAGAUGUGAACAGUGAUGUAUUCGUAUUGUACUCGCAAUUUAUAAAGCAUCGGCAGGGUAAAGCCUCAAGAUCGGUGAUAGCGUCCGUACUAUCUAGUGAUUUAGUGCUUCAGCUGGAUGCGGUAACGUCUUUGAUGCUCUUGGAAAUGACGCUUUCAGUAACGUUUCAGGCUGAUAGUAAUUGGCGGGAGGAGGGCAUUGUUAGUGCACUUCUUACUCGUCUUCGACACCAUGUUAUGUGUAGUGACGUGAUUGGGUUCAAAGCUGUCUGGUGGAUUCUUAUCGUUCUUGGAGACACACAGUCGGUGGUAUACGGGCGACCCAUUGAAAGUGGUCGCCUUUUCAGAGCAUGUCUUCAACGUAUGCAUGAUAUGCUGCCAAAGCUAUCGAUUUGGGAGUGUCUCUUGGUUUUCCCGUUGCUGGAUGCCUCACCGUACGGCAGACCUUUUAUUAUUUGCGGGGAUAUUGUAAAACGUCUCGUUGCCUGUGAUGUGGAGGAGUUAAUGGUAGUGCCGACGUCUGUCGUGCUACAUGCUUUGGAGUGCGAUGGCUUACCACUGUGCGUCCGCCGCAAGCUUUGCCAAAUGCUCGGCAAGGAUCUUCGCUUUGGUGACCUUGCAAAAGAAGAGUGCUUGUUUCUUCUAUCAACGAUGGCUCUUCGACUACCUGUCGGUGAAGCCGAUGCUGAUGAUGAGUGUCUUUUUGAAUUAUUAUUUGCACAGAUCUAUGUCGUUGCCAAGUCUAUGAGUGCCGUGGAGUGUGUCAAGGCUCUCGAGUACCUAGAGCACAUCAGCCUUUCUCACACAUCGGUCUCUGUUUCGUGUGGUCUUUCAGAACGACUAAAGAAGAGAGCACUUCUGGGGGUGAUGCAAACUGUAAAGUUGACGUCUGCUACGACAGCAGACCUUGAACUGAAUCUGGAGUCAGUGUAUCGCCUUGAGGGACUUCUUAAAAGAUGUGUUCUUCUUCCGUACCUCGACGGCGACGCGGCGGCAAUAUCAGAGCGGAUAGCAAAGCUUACCCAUCAGCUGAAUCACUUGGACAGAGGUGUCUCCUGA